AUGGGUCUCCGUGAGAUUCUGCGUACACAUGGUGCCGGAGCAGGCAGACAAAAGGGCAAGAGUCGGAGCGAGAAUAACAAGCUGAAUCAGCAAUGGCUGAAUGAUCUAGCCAGUCGCCUCAUCUGUGUCUUCGUUCUCGAUCGAUUGACCGACUUCACUGGCGAUAAUGCAAUCGUGCCCAUUCGGGAAACUGCUGGCCAGGCGCUUGGCUCAAUACUGCAGUAUAUGACUCGCGACAAUGUGUUUGCCACAUUUCAGGUUCUCAAUCGCUUGAUCUUUCAGCACGAGCUUCCCGUCGUCCACGAUCACAAAGGCCUUCCUUGGACCCUCUGCCAGGGCGGCAUGAUUGGCCUGCGUUAUCUGGUAGCGGUCCGCAACGAUUUACUGCUGGAAGAUGGCACGUUGAUGGACGGCGUGCUUGCGGCUGUGAUCAAGGGUCUAGGGGAUAUCGACGAUGAUGUCCGAGCCAUCAGUGCGGCAACGCUCAUCCCUGUCGCAAAGGAGUUUGUAGAGAUGCGACCCAAAGAUCUCGCAGGCCUCAUGAACCAAGUCUGGGCAUGUCUCGACACCAAACAAGAUGAUCUCAGUGCUAGUACCGGCUUCAUCAUGGAUCUUUUGGCCAAGCUUUGCAGUUUCCCUCAAGUUCUCGAGGCCAUGCAAGCCAAUGCCCGACAGGAUCCAACACAGUCCUUCAAUGAGCUGAUCCCCCGCCUCUUUCCCUUUCUUCGCCACACGAUUACAAGUGUCCGUGCGGCUGUGCUGCGCGCUCUAAUAACUUUCCUUGAGAUCCAGAGCGAUGACUCUAACGGCUGGAUAGACAGCAGGGCUUUGCAAUUAUUCUUCCAGAACAUAUUACUGGAGCGAAAUGAAAGUGUAUUACGGCUCUCUUUACAACUUUGGGACGCCGUGGUUGUGAGCCUCGGAGAUCAAAUCUCCACUCAUCUUGAACCCGUUCUGGACUCCAUUAUCCCUCUCACUCUUACGCCGAUUGGAGUUGCACGUCAUCCUAUCUCCAUGGAUAAGUCGCUCCUCAUCAAGCCGUCAGGCCAGGCUAUGGGUCUACCACCAGACGUUCAACCCAGUCGUAGAUCUACUCCACCUCCUGGCAACGAGCCUGCGCAGAAGAAGCGAAAGAAGUCCCGAUACGGAAAAGACGACACAACGCCAACGCCGAAUAAUACUUCCCAUAAUGUCGACGGACACAUGAUUAGCGGUGACUUGGAGCUCAUUGGAACUGACGUACUGAUCCGAUCCAGAACUUCAGCUGCACAGGCUCUUGGCAAAGCUAUGGGUGCAUGGCCUCAAGCAUCGCGAUAUGCGAGCUUUGCCUCUAGGUUGUUACCAGCGUUGUCAUCAACCAAUUCGACAACGCAAUUGACUGGCGCCAUCAUCCUAGAAGAGUUUGGCAAGAACGUUACAGCGAAGGAUGCAUUGGUAGAGGCAGCGGUAAAGGCGUUGCUGCCUAUCCUGGAGGGCGAACGGCCCGUGGCCUACGAAGAUCUGGUACCCAAACUUCAGAUUGUACGCACACAAUGUACCGCCUUGCUCAGCAUCUUUCGCGACGCGCAUGUGCAGAAUCUGCCAAUGUUCGCCGUAGUUGUACAAGGCGACCCCUCAGCGAGCCAAUACGCAUUCGGUGUUGCAGACGCCGAGAAACUGAUAAGCACGCAGUACGAAAAACUGAAGAAAGCCAUGACCCCAUCAGCUCGUAUGGUUGCUGCAACUAACCUCGAAACUACACGGAAAGAAGUCGAAACCAGUCUCCAGGAAGCCAAGGACAUCAAAGAAGAGCGCGAUGUCCGUAUCAAGGCGGCGGCUGCUGGGGCACUGGUCGCACUGAAUUCACCUCCGAAGAAACCAUCACCUCCAAUCAAGGCCAUGAUGGACAGCGUUAAGAAGGAGGAGAAUGUGGAAUUACAGAAGCGAUCUGCUGCUGCUGUGGCUGGCUACAUCGUCCAUCUGGUCAACGCCAAUAGAUCUGGUGUUGUCAACAAGGUCAUCGGCAAUCUCGUCAAGUUCUACUGCAUGGAAACAGCUGAGACACCAGAGUUCGCUGGACAGGCCCAAACCGAGACGGGUAUUUUGACCUUGAAGAAGGAUGAAGAUGUUCGCGAUCAUCCUGAUGCUGUGAGAUUUGCCGAGGAGUCCAGAGCUGCCAAAAUCACGAAGCGUGGUGCCCGUGAAGGUCUUGAGCAGGUUGUCGAACGCUUUGGUGCCGAGGUUUUUGAAAAGGUGCCCAUCCUGAAGGAUCUUAUUGAGCGUCCAAUCAAGGAAGCCUUUGCUGAGGCGACGCUCCCCUCAAAAAUCAUGAGUGAAGACGGCAUCUUCGGUCAAGAAGUCGUCGACGCCUUGUCAACGUUGCGCGCUCUAGUUGGCAAACUCCACCCGGAUGUCCGAGACUUCGUGAGAGAUCUUCUGCCACUGAUCGCGAGGGCGCUACAAAGCAGACUCUACGUACUUCGAUAUGUAGCUGCGAAGUGCUUCGCGACCAUUUGCAGUGUCAUGCCCAUUGAAGGUGUCACUAUGCUUGUCGAGAGUGUUCUACCGACCAUCAGCGACGGAGGAAACGUACACGCCCGACAAGGAGCGAUCGAGUGCAUCUAUCACUUGAUCCACGUCAUGGAAGAUGCUAUCCUUCCUUAUGUGAUUUUCCUCAUCACACCUGUUCUUGGGCGGAUGAGCGACUCGGACAAUGAUGUGCGUCUGCUAGCAACAACUAGUUUUGCGACACUCGUCAAACUUGUUCCGCUUGAAUCCGGUAUUCCCGAUCCACCAAAUCUGCCCGAGUCUUUGCUCAAAGGACGAGACCGCGAACGCAAGUUUGUUGCUCAAAUGCUCGAUUCUAAAAAGGUAGAGCCUUUCGAAAUCCCUGUUGGUAUCAAGGCUACACUGCGCUCUUAUCAGCAAGAUGGUGUCAAUUGGCUGGCUUUCCUCAACCGUUACAACCUUCACGGCAUCUUGUGUGAUGACAUGGGUCUCGGUAAAACGUUACAGACUCUUUGUAUGGUAGCUAGUGAUCAUCACCUGCGCGCUGAAGAGUUUGCCAAAUCGGGCGAUCCCAACUUCAGACGCUUACCAUCACUCAUCGUCUGUCCUCCUACACUGUCCGGGCAUUGGCAGCAGGAGAUUCGGCAAUAUGCGCCCUUCCUAAGCUGCGUUGCUUACGUUGGUGCACCAGGAAUCCGUGGGCAAUAUAGGUCUGAGCUCAACAACGUUGACAUUGUGAUCACCUCAUACGACAUCUGCAGAAAUGACGCCGACGUCCUCAAGCCUAUCAAUUGGAAUUACUGCGUUCUCGACGAGGGUCACUUGAUCAAGAACUCAAAAUCGAAGACUAGCCAGGCUGUCAAGCAAUUCCAAUCGAAUCACCGAUUGAUUCUUUCGGGUACGCCUAUUCAGAACAAUGUUCUAGAGCUUUGGUCAUUGUUCGACUUCCUCAUGCCUGGCUUCCUUGGGACUGAAAAGGUCUUCCAGGAGCGCUUUGCAAAGCCCAUUGCCGCAUCUCGCUUUGCGAAGAGUUCCUCAAAAGAGCAAGAACGCGGUGCGCUCGCUGUCGAAGCUCUGCACAAGCAAGUGUUGCCCUUCCUUCUCCGUCGUCUCAAGGAGGAAGUGUUGGACGACCUACCGCCCAAGAUCUUGCAAAACUACUACUGCGAUCUUUCUGAGCUUCAGCGCAAUCUCUUUGACGACUUCACUAGGCGGCAAGGAAAGGAGAUUCAAGCCAAGGCUGGUAACGCCGAUCGCGAAAGCAAGCAGCACAUCUUCCAGGCUUUGCAAUACAUGAAGAAACUUUGCAACUCACCUGCAAUGGUUGUCAAGGGUCCCACCAACAAGGCCUACGAACCGACACAACAGUUCCUGAAGAAAACCAAUACCGCCAUCGAUGACGUCGUUCAUGCACCCAAACUAGGCGCACUCAAGGAUCUCCUAGUAGACUGUGGUAUCGGCGCAUCAGACGUAGCCACUGACAAGUCUGCAGCCUCCAACGGUGAUCUCCCCGAGGCGGUCUCACAGCACCGAGCCCUUGUCUUCUGCCAAAUGAAGGAAAUGCUCGACAUGGUUCAGCAUAAUGUUCUUGAGAAACUUCUCCCAAGCGUCCAGUUUAUGCGUCUCGAUGGUGGCGUAGAGGCGACGAAGCGCCAAGAAAUCGUCAACAAGUUCAACUCUGAUCCGUCGUACGAUGUCUUGCUCCUCACAACGAGCGUCGGUGGUCUCGGUCUCAACUUGACGGGAGCUGACACUGUCAUCUUUGUCGAGCACGACUGGAACCCACAGAAGGAUAUUCAGGCCAUGGAUCGCGCCCAUCGCAUCGGUCAAAAGAAGGUUGUGAACGUGUACCGCAUCGUCACACGCGGGACGCUGGAGGAGAAGAUUUUAAAUCUCCAACGAUUCAAAAUCGACGUCGCCUCCACCGUUGUCAACCAACAAAACGCUGGUCUGAGCUCCAUGCAAACCGACCAAAUCCUCGACCUUUUCAACGUCUCCGCCGACUCCAACGACCCUGCCGCUCUGCCACCACCGCCCAACAAUGCAAAGGACGACGGCACAGGUAUCGACGAAAACGACGCGGUCGAUGCGACGGGUGCGCUGAGGGAAAAGGGUAAGAAGGGAUUCCUUGACGAUUUGGGCGAGUUGUGGGAUGAGAGGCAGUAUGAGGAGGAGUUUGAUCUUGACGGCUUCCUGGGCAAGAUGAAGAAUUGA